CCAGAAUAUUUUGGGUGGAAAUCGUGAAUAAGAGGAUUCUAGGGUUAAUAAGUUAUAUCUCAAAGUCGUUGGAUCUAGGGUUUUCAGAAGAAUGCCGAAGAAUAAAGGUAAGGGAGGUAAGAACCGUAAGAGAGGAAAAAACGAGGCCGAUGACGAGAAGCGCGAGCUUGUCUUCAAGGAAGACGGACAGGAAUAUGCACAGGUCCUUCGGAUGCUCGGCAACGGUCGUUGUGAGGCCACGUGCAUCGACGGGACGAAACGCCUCUGUCAUAUCCGCGGAAAGAUGCACAAGAAGGUUUGGAUCGCUGCAGGUGACAUUGUCCUAGUCGGUUUGAGAGAUUACCAGGAUGACAAGGCAGAUGUCAUCCUUAAGUACAUGCCGGAUGAGGCUAGGCUCCUUAAGGCUUACGGCGAGCUUCCGGAUAAUGUUAGACUCAACGAAGGAAUUGCCGGAGGUCUGGACGAGGAAGACGAUGGUGCUGGAGAUGAUUACAUUGAGUUCGAGGACGAGGAUAUUGAUAAAAUCUAGGUUUUUGUUCCUAAUCUUGUUCCUAUCUCCUUUCUCGUUUGAGAAUUAUAGAAUUGCUCGUACUCUGCGUUUUUCAUAUCAACAUACUUUAUCUUAUUAUGUUGCCGGAUUCUUGGUUUUGGUUUUUCAAUUUGCUUUUUAUGUUGAA